UUCUGUCAGUUGUCAUUUGUUAGUCAAAACAAACGUCAAAUUUCUUUGAAUGUAUUUUUAAGGCGUAAAAGCAAAACAAAGUGAUGGCAUUAAGUAAUAUCGUUUUGCUUAGUCAAAUCGCUGGUUAUGUGAUAGCUUUUAUAUUAUCGUUAUGUAUAGUUGUCCCUAUGAGUUUACAUCAAGAUGAAUUCAGGGGUCACUGCUUAUUGUUUUCAACCGGUGUAUGGCAGGAAGCUGAUGGCCAACUAAAAGUCGAUUGGGCGUCCCAAUGCUACUGCAACUACACAAUCCUUGUUGGUGUUUUAUUGUGUUUAGUCUCAAUAGUACAAAUCUAUCGCUUGUCGUUGUUUUUGUACAAAGGUACAGAUAGUAGUUUCCUAUCAGCGUUCUUUGAUGUUCUCACAGGCAUUAUCUUGUGUGGCAUGACUAUAAUAGCAGCGUUGAUGAUUACUUUAGGGUUCAUGGUGUGGUGCCAAAACAUGACGCAACGAUUUCCCUCAUGUGAACUAGCAGCAGGCCAAGCUAUUGAUAAACAGGAUGGUAUUAACACCACCAACUUUUACAUUGAAUUGGGGACUGCGCAGUUUGGUGUUUGGGGCUCUUUUGCAACUUGGGUAGGGCUGUCGGUUUUCGCACUUUUGAAGUUGUGUCGAUACCACCAGUUGGAGAAUAUUAGAGUGUCAAUGUAUAGAGAACGACAAAGACUCAUCAAUGAGAAUUCAGAGUCUCCUGGAAGUUCCUUAGGUCGUGAAUCAACACAUAGUCAAGACACUACAGCUACAGCCGCCGAGUGAUUAGUUUCUGGCGUUUUAAGGUGUCCGUAUUUUAUAAUUUACGCAAUAAUACAUAUUUCACUUCUCAUUCAUAAUACUGUAUACCAAAUAGUCGGUUUUAACUGAGAUUGAAAGUAGAUUUGAAAUAAUAUUGUGAUAAUAUGUAUAGAUUAUCAGAGGCUUUUUCAAGUUUAAUUUAAUUUUGUUUUAUUUUAAGCAACUUUUAUAAAUAAAGUUUUAUUG